AUGAGGGACAUCAGCAAUCCCGAGGAUUCGGGAGGACGACCGACGAAGCUCAGUGUCUACGGUGAGGUACAGGAUGCCAAAAGUGAGAAUGGGGGAGCAGUUAGGAGCUUGGAGAUGAAGGUCAGAGCUUAGAAAACGACACUCGGAUGCAGUGGAAGGGACGACACUGAUUUGGGCUACCGUGCCACUAGGAAACGUUUCCGUGUCACGCUGUCGCAGACAACUAAGUAUACUGUUCCAGUAAGAUGUUUCUUCAAGUAGAUAUUCGGAAAGAAUUCGAUGCUAGCAACACCUAUGUUGUUGAAAAACAAACCACUAAAACCUACGGGAAGCAUCCGAAAUUAUUUAUUGUAGAUGGCGUAAAUAGUUUGUCGAGUGGAAACGUCAAGCAGAACAAAAUAAUUCCUAAUUCCAUCAGCAAACCAGGCCACGUACAUCUCGAUAAAAAGCACAAUAUUUGUCCACUCUGCGUAUAAAGAACAAAGGAGUCUAACGUGAACUCAGUCUGUCCCGAGAGUAUUCAGAAGGCGUCCUUCAGUUUGUGAGUAUACACGGAGCUUUUGGGCAAAAAAGCGCAUAUAUCGUCUAAGUUAUCAUUACUGUGGCUUUCUAUAUUCAUCCUUAAAAGAGAAAUCAUGACAUCGCGAGUCCUGAAGGGUAGAAUGAUUCUUUGGAAUUUACACAAGGAAGUGCAUUUUCCUCGGGUUAUUGACUAGUGAGAGACACAAAAUGAACUAUCUCGGGACGAGGCUCCGGAAGAAAACAGAAUAGGGAGGAAGGUAGUUAAAAUAAGGAGUACGAAAGUACUACAGGGAAAAGAGCGUUUCAUUGACAGACACUGUUAAUAAACACGCAAGGAUCUUAUUUGGAAGACGGGCGUUGAGGUUAAUGUAUUUAUGCAUAUAGAACCUGUUCGAAAACUGCAUAAGCUGAAAAUGUUAGUCCACGAACAAACAGUGGGUGUCAUCAUUUUAACGGUACAGUACCUGUGCUAACUCAUGAAAUGCCGAGGUCAAAAUUAUAGUGGAAAAUGUAGCGUAUUUUUGGUGUCGUUAUUUGUGUUUAUUUAGUUGAAAUAAGUACGAAAAGACCGUUUGCUGAAGGAAAGUUUGAUACGGAUCUGUAUAUUAAAUAGAAAACGGGCCGGAUUUAGGCGAAAUCGGAGGAUUCCUGAUAUUCAAGCAGUUUCCUACGCUAUUAAAGCUUUCGGAUCGAAAUUCUUCGUGUUACCUUAUUAAUCUGUUUAAGGAGAUUAAUAAAGGGACGAAAUUUUUCAAUGUACUUUCGAACAAAAAGAAAAAAUUAAAUUUCAAUAUCAAGAAAAUCAGGGAAAUGCAGAUAAAUUAUUUCUUAAGUUGUUCAGGAAAUAACGUGCGAUUCUCCAUCUAAAAAUUCUUUUUACAAAUGCGUAAAGUUUUAUGUUUCAAAAUACCGAAAUAAAAAAGUUUAUCAGUGUGAUUGUUUUACCAGACUGAAAAUGCGUGUCGUAAACGAAUAUAUAUUGAGUUCGCGCGACAUGCCGUCACUUUUCUCUACCUCGCCAAACGAUACCUAUGUCUAAACAAUACUUAUCCGAAGUUGACUUCCAGCGCAUUCGAAAAUUAGCGGCGGAGGGAAUCCCGCGUGAGUCGUUAGCUAGUAUUUUCAAUAUUAUUUAUUUUUAUCUCAGUAAAUAAUAUUUUCUUAACCGACCUUUGCUUUGUUUCUUUGACACAUCGUUUAUUUUCCGCUAUCAGACUUUGGGAGCCGUAGUGUUUACCGAUUCUGCGUUAAAGUCGUUAACCUGUGUUAAUUCGUGACAUUUCAUGAGUUAGCACAGGUACUGUAAUAUAGCUUAAUUGGGGUAGAGAAGAACACAAGUUAUCUAUAAGACUAAAUCAAAACAUCAGAAGAGAUAGGAGGAGCCGAGAAGGAGGAGUCGUUUUCCAGUUUAAUUAUCAUAACACUUCGGUCUAAGAGCAGUAUAUUACGAUACUGGGAUUAGAUUUUUCACCUUUAAAUAUUUCCUCCAAUUACAUCUGGACAUUGCCAUUUGCGGUUGUCUACUGCUCUUUUAACCAGACUGUCGAAGGCAGUGUUCAACUCCUUACCGGAAUUAGGCCAAACAUGCUCAAACAAUGAUGUCCUUAGCUUUGGACAUUGCGAGGCUCGCAAUGUAGAAUGGCAGGCUUGGACUCUACCGAAUCAUGUGGAAGUAUUCAGUCAUCAGUUAUCGCUAACGACAGCAGAAAGGUACUCUAUCACGAUAUAACACUUGAUACAAACGUUAGAUAUGAAAAAAACUUUCAAACAAUUUUUAAAGACACAGCAUCCCAUCCUCCGAGGCGCUAUCGGAAAUCCCAUAGUUGAUGCCCAGUUAACCGAUGAGAACUUCAAUGAUUUCUUGUCCAAAGACUCGACCACUCCGCUUCCGACCAUCCAGGCAUUGACCGGGCAGUUCUAGAAACUAUAACUUUCACUCUGUGGGACGUGACUGUUGCGAUUCGGCGUUUUCGUCAAUCUUAUAUUCCAGGCUCUGAUGGUGUCCCAAUAAGCAUUUUAAAAGCCGAUGCAAAUAUGAUUUUCCAUUCCCUAUUAUGCGAGAUAUUUAAUCUCGCUCUUAUAAGUGAAACUUAUCCUACCGUCUGGGAGGAAUCACACAUUUACCCAUUCCUAAGCACGGCAACUCUACAUAAUUUGAUGACUUUCGGCCAAUAAACACCCUCCCCGCAGUUUCGAAGAUCUUAGAGAUCUUGGAUGAUUGUCACUUGAAACUGUCCUCUUUCGGAAUAGGUGGCAAACUUAUAAAUUUUAUAUCCUCUCACCUGGGCACUCGUAAACAACGAGUUAAGAUUUCAAAUACUUCCUCCACCCCCACACGUGUGAGGAGUUGAGUCACUCAUGGUAGUAUACUCGGCCCGCUUUUAUUUUGCCUUUUCUUUAAUGAUGUACCCGAUUUAUUUCAGAAUAGCAAGCCCUUCAUGUCUGCCGAUGAUCUUAAAGUUGCAUACCGAUAUAAGCCGGCAGAUCGUUAAAUCGCGCUUGAGCUCCUAAAGAUCGACCUACAGACAUUCGCCCAGUGGUGCCGCACAUGGCGCCUUUCUCUUUCUUGGCAUAAGUGCUCAGUCAUGGUGGUUGGCGACGACCGCCAACCUCAACUAAGUAUUGAAGGUCACGCCAUAAAUGUGCCUGGGGUUAUUAAGGAUCUGGGCGUAUCAUACUCCAAGAGUUUCAAUCUCUCGGAGCACUGUGCCUUGAUAGUCUCCAAAACACGUAGAACGACCGGCUUUAUCCUCCGAAACUUUAAAACUAGCGAAAUAAGUAUGCGUCUUUAUAACAUGUACGUUAGACCUGGCCUGGAAUAUGUUUCGUUUUUAUUUAGCCUCAUGCGUGCUGCUGAGCGAAAGAAAAUAUAAUCCGUUCAACGUUUUUUUUACCAAGAGUGUCUUAACCCUGGAACACCGACACUUGUCUUUCCAAGAACGUUGCCGGCUUACAGGCCUUGAUCCGUUAUGGUUCGUAGAUUGCAAAAGGGACUAUUUUUGCUAUUUAAGUCAGUUUAUUAAGGGAAUGAGGCUUUCGCCCUUGAGCUCCCCAUUCAUAUCGAGAAACAAAAAUAAAGUCAUCAAUUACAUCAGCAAAUGCGGAAGGUUCAAAAGUUAGCGGUAAGUGUGAGCCAGGCGCAAACUGCCGCCGCUAAAACAAUCGUGAUUAUAUGUACAGUAGUUCCUCAACAAAUGAGCAUCUAGUCUACACAUCAAGGAUUCGACACUUUCGGAAGAACCACCGCACUAGGGAGUCCGUUCCCUGUCCCAAUGACCCUGUGAGAAAAGGCGUUCCGUCGGACGUCCGAAUGAGCCAGCUUCCUCUGCAGUUUGAAGGGAUGACCACGCAGACGGUCAGUCCCGGCAAAUUCGAAGAAUUCUUCAAAGUCUAGAGCACACUCACGGCCUCUGACAAUCCUGUAAGUUUAAAUGAGAUCGCUGCUCAGUUGCCUGUAAUUGGAAAGAAACAGAUUUAUUUCGGUCAGCAUGGUUUCCUAAAGCAGAUGAUGAAGAUUCAUGACCAUCUUCGUACCCAUCGUCUGUACUCUUUCCAGUCGUUGAUAAUCUUUCUUUAACUACGGCCGCCAGGCCUGGACUGCAUACUCUAAGUGAGACUGGACGAAUGCCCCAUAGGUUUUUCCGAACAGAUCUUUAUCGAUCUGCACAAAUCCUUGCCUCAGCGCAAAUAACACCCUUAUUGCACUUCUGGCUGCCCUUUGGCACUGUGCUGAUGGUUUCAGCGAGGAGGUCAUUAGGACACCAAAUUCUUUCUGUUACAAAACAUUUGAAAGGGACUGCCACCCAGGAUGUAUUGAAAGGAAUCGUGCUCCUUACUGGUCUUUUUGGUGCGGAUAAUUUGGGAUUCAUACUCCUUCCGUGCCUGACGGAUACAUUUUUUGACUGCAUUUCGUUGGCGACGAAAUUCUUUGAAAUGCGCUGGUGACGCAGUUUACUUGAAUAUUUUCCAUCUUUUGAUUUUCUUCCGUAGCUGCCUAUUUAGAUCCCUAGUUAACCAAGCUGGUUGACUAGUUGUUUUUUGUACUUUAGUUGAACAACAGCGCCUAAUCAGAUCGAGUGAAAUCGUCUUAAAAGAUCUCCAGUCGUCCUCCGGAUCUCCCCUGAGUAAUUGGUCUCAAUUCACGGACAGCAAUUCGUUCUUCAUCGUAUUAAAACCUGCUCUUAUACAAUCGCAUCUUGAACCCACUCAGUUCUUUAAGACAUCAUGUUCACCCCCGACGUAACAGUAACCGUGAGGUGUUUUUAGUUCUUACUCUGACACGUUCUGUUAAAUAUUGUCGGUUUUUUCUGUAAAUGCAAUUGCUAUUUGGAAUAAACUACACAGGAAUGUAAAAAACCGGCAAAAUUAUCCUUUGUUCAAGAGAACCAUUACUCGAUUUUUGCAUUCAGAAAAGCUCUCACCAAUUUUGGAUGCUGAAUCCAAUGAUCGACUCUACCGUAGCGAUGGUGAUUGUGGUCUCCGAACAAUAUGGCCGGCCUACCCAGGAAAAAUUUCUUUGGCCAGCAGCUACAGCUGUUCUUCGGCGCCUCUAUUUUGGCUAUCCCCAAAUUCAUGAAAGGGAUUGGCGACUGGUAAUAUCCGAUACCGUGCAACCUCCUCCCCCCUUCUUGACAGUCGAGAGUUUGUGAAAAGCUCCCACAAAUUUUUCAGCAUAUUUGGUAAGGAGAAUAGGCAAAGCCUUUGAAAACCCUAUUGAUUACAUGUCAGCUCGUUAGAAAUAACUGUACACGAACAAAAAAUCUUCGCUUUUAGAACAGCACUUAAUUCAUAUGAGUAGCAUUGUCUCGGAGAAAAUAUUUGUGGGGACGUGGGGUCUUACUUCAGAUUCAGACUGUCGAGGGAGAACAGGGGACACAAAUAAUCAUCCAAGCGUUUCUUGAAGAGUUGCAGGGACGUAGCCUCCACGACUGACUGAGGGAGAUCGUUCCAUUUCUCCACUACCCUCUGCGUGAAAAAAUUCAGAACGAAGAUUCAGCCUGGACAUAGUUGCCCGUAACUUCAUCGAGUGACCACGAAGAUUGGGUGAAAGGUGCCAAUGAAACAUGUCUUCACAGCUAAGUCCUUGCUCAAGGCCAUGUAUUAUCUUGUAGACGAGGAUAAGGUCACCUCUUUGCUGCCUGUAACACAGAGGGAAUAAGUUAAGGAAAUUCAGUCUGUCUGUGUAGGAUCGGCUUUUUAGACCGUUAACCAGCUUUGUUGCACGAUGUUAUGCCCGUUCGAGGCAUGCUUAGUCCUUUGCUAGCCAUGGCCGCCAUGCUUGUAUGCCAUAUUCUAAGUGGGGCCGAACAAAAGUGCCGUAAACUCUCCUAAAAAGGUCUUGGUCAAAGUUUACGAAAGUCCUUUUGAUCGCAUGCAGCACUCCCAUGGCGUUUUUUGCAGCCUUGUGGCACUGCAGUGUUGGUUUCAGGUUGUUCUGUAUCCAAACCCCGCGAUCCUUCUGUGAAGAUUCUGCGGGGAGUCUAAUAUCUUUCAGGUGAUAUGUCCUCAGGCUCUCAUUUGAAUGAGAGUUGGUUGGGCGCAGAUGAAGUACGGCACACUUCUCCACAUUGAAAUCUAGAAGCCAUUUCUUCGACCACGCUUGCAGUCGGUGCAGAUUAUCUUGAAGGGAUCUCGGAUCAUUUGGACCCUUAAUGACUUGCCAGAGCUUAACGUCGUCGGCAAACAUUAUUUUGCCGCAGUCCAGUUCCUGAAGGCUGUCAUUAACAUAAAGGACGAGGAGCAAUGGUCCCAGAACUGAGCCUUGAGACACACCACUGGUCACGUUCACCCAUUCUGACAUAUCAUCUCCGAUACAGACACGUUGUUUCCGACCAAAUAGAGACGUCCUUAUCCAGUUCAGAAGAUCUCCCCGGAUGCCGAUGACGCUCAAUUUGUGAAGAAGACGUUGGUGAGGGACAGUGUCAAAAGCUUUGCGGAAAUCGAUGUACACGACAUCGACCUCAAAACCCUCUUCUAGAGCCCUGGUUCAGAUCUCCAGACAAGCUAGCAGAUUUGGGAGGGAGGAACGUCCUCUCCGGAAGCCAUGUUGAAAAUCCUGCAAGAUAGUAUUUUCUUCACAAAACUGCUGUAUAGCGCUCUUUACUAUAGCUUCCAUAGUUUUGCAAGGGAGGCAAGUUAAGCUAAUAGGCCUAAAGCUGCUUGCUAUCAUCCUGCUACCUCCCUUAUGUAAGGGAAGGAGGUUAGCUGUCUUCCACUGUGAUGGCAACCUUCCUGUUCUCAUUGGCAGCUCAAAGAGAGUCGAAAGGGGCUUUGACAGCUCCGUUGAUAGCUCCUUAAGUAUCAGCCCGGGAAUUACGUCGGGUCCAGGAGACUUAUCAGGUUUUAUUCGACUGAGGAGGCGUCUUACUUCUUCGAAAGAAAAGACAAUGGUUUCAAUGACGGCAGUAUCUUGACGCAUUUGAAGCUCCCGGCUGUCUCGUUCCAUUUCAAACUGCUGAUUGUCUUCUGAGGACUCCUCCGUAAAAUCCGAUUGAAAAAACUGAGACAGUAAUUGCACUCUCUGAGGCUCUUCAACUAAUAAGUUUCCGAGGAUAUCCUUAAGACACGCAAUUUCGUCCCUAUGUUUUCUCCUACUGCGGAUGUACCCGUAAAACUUCUUGGGACAUGUAAUGGAUUCUGCCAUCAGUCGGCGCUCGAAAGAAGUUCUAGCAACCCGUAUUUGUUUGCGGCAUUUAUUGCGCUGAUCCUUAUAUUCGGAGAAUGACCUUGGAUCUCGAAGUUGCAAAUACUUUUUCCAUAGUCUCUGUUUCUUCUUCAUGGUCUUUUUUGUCGUCGGAUUGACCCACGGCGGUCGCGCCCAUUGUCUUGUUAUUUUUAUUGGACAAUGGGUAUCAAUUAAACGCUAUAUAAUCCCGCGAAAGUAAUGCCAAAAUUCGUCUGAAUCUCCCACGUUGACCAACCAGGUUUCCUUUAAAAGAGGACGUCUCAUUGUGUUAAAGUCACCCUUCCAAAUAUUUCUGCACCUCUUGAUUUUUGGUUGUUGGUUGGAUAGGAGAGAGCACACGCAGGUAAAAGCAAUAUUAUCGCUUAAACCGACUGGAGGUUGUGGAUUCACUCCCCUUAUGAGUCCUUCUUCUUUACUGAAAACGAGAUCUAAACAGUUAGAUCGUUGUCCUUCUCUCAUUCUUGUCCCGAAUUUUAUGUGCUGGAUGAGGUAUUCAUUCAGGGAGAGUUGUAGUAGCUUGUGGUCAAAUGACGUGGACGGGGCGUUUGUUAGGGGAAUGUUCCUGUCUAUUCCUGGAGCGUUGAAGUCACCCAGAAGUAGUAAGUUCUCCUGCUUACAUAACAACUCCAGUGCACCAAGUAAUUUCAUAUCGGCGCUUUCAUUCGAGCUAGGAGGCCGAUAGACAACACACAGGUUCAAUGUCGGUAAUUGUUUGAUAAAUAUCUUGCAUGAAAUUAUUUCAAAAUUUCGGGGCGCACCAUCGGAUAUUUCUCGUUGACAGCACGCAAUUUCAUUUGACACAUAAAUAGCUGUGCCUCCUCCUCUACGCUGAAAACUGUCACAACGGAACAGUUGGUAGCCUUCAUUACUGACUUCGCUACUACUUAUUUCCUCAGUCAACCAUGUCUCUGUUAGGACAAUUAUGUGUGGCUUCUGUUCAGAGACUAAUAAUCUGAGUCCAUCUAGCUUGUUUAGAAGACUCUUACAGUUAGUGUAAUAGAUUUCUAGACAGCGGACACUGGUGCGAGCAGCCUCAGGAGUUGGCAGCUUUGCAUCGGUUAGGCUGUCAGAAUGACUGGCAUCGGCCACAGAAAUGUCCUUUUGACCUGAAUUAUUUGUCCGUUUUUGAUUUCUAGAUGUGUUUCGCCGCUGCUUCUCCGCUUUUAGAGGCUGAAUCCACUGAUCGCCUCUACCGUAACGAUGGCGUUUUUGAUCUCUGAGCACAAUGGCCGUCCCACCAGGGACAAUUUCUUUGGCCAACAGCGACAGCUGUUCUUCGGCGCUUCUGUUUGCACUAAUCCCAACUGCAUGAAAGAACUUGGCGACUGAUAAUAUCGGAUACCGUGCAACCCCUCCCUUGCUGACGGUCGAAAGUUUACCGCCAGCAGUUUUUUUCUCUGAACCCUCCAAUCCAUAAAACACCCAUCAAUUAUAUUUUUAUUCCUUUUCCGCAGUAGUUUUUUCACUGCUGGCGGCUUUGUGUUUAACGCUUCCCUGACAAUGCCUGUAAACUGGCAUUAAAUAAAAUUAUUAUUGUUAUUAUCCUCGAGGAGCAGAAGGUAUGUGAUCCACACUUUUGCUGGCAAAUAGGUUCUGUUGAUCGGAUUAUAACUAUUUUCGGAUACUACGUGCUCUCUCAGUCUAAAACCACGGAACAGUGGAGCAUAAACAUUUGGAUAGGUGAGUUCGCUAAAAUGCGAAGGAGGUUCCAGCGUUAUCGUGAACUACCAUGAAGCGGGGAGCAGUUAGAUGCUUUUCAGGCUCCAUUCAGUCCCUCGGCGAAAAGCAUGAUUGGCUCUAACCGCGCACUCAGUCGGAGGAGAACGAAUAACUGUCAGAAGUUGAUAAACCAAGAGGUUCAGGUCACACCUAAAGAAAGAGAAGGUGCUGAAAAUGACUUCACCUUACGGUGAGUAACGAACACCCGUGAAAGCACAGACUGCAACGUGAUAGCGGUAAAAACGAAACUGAUGGACGUCAGUUAAACGUACUACUGAAUUGACUGCAACAGCCCAGAGUUCUCCGCGGCUACUUAAGUAAAUACGAAAUAAAUCGCACCCAGUCCCAGAGCCUAACAAAAGCCCUACUUCGCUUUAUUUUCUCUUCAUCAGCAUUCACUCAUGGACAAAUCCCCCUCCCCCUCCGCCUCCGCCUCCUCCUCCCCUCUUUCUCCUCUUCCCCCUUCUCCUCCUCCUCCUCCUCCUCCCCCUCUCCCUCUCCCUCCUCCCCCCUCAUCCUCACCCUUCCCCUCAACCUAAUCACGAAUGAUAAUAAAAUACGGCGCCGGUUGCGUCAGAAGACAAACUGUAAUCCCCAUGGCAUCGACGAGGAUAGAAUCGUUUUGAAUGAAACCGUUCAAGUCAACCGGUUCAGGUGGAAUUUACCAAUAUGCACGUCGGGAACUAGUUGACGUGCUGGGAAAACCAGUACUGAUGAUAGCCCCAAGAUUCAUGUAUGAAUGUAAACUACUGGAUGAGUGAGAAACUACCUUUCUCUCCCCCGUCUAAAAGUGACCGUUUAGACUGCAGUCAGAAAACUCUACCCUAUUAUUAAACCUUUAAUUUCGUGUAAACUCAUGGGACGACUUAUAAAGAGACCUUUACUGACGCACCUGGAGUAGACGAGCCAAUGGUAGGUCAACCAACAAGCUUUUGCAGAGGUCACGCGGGUCUCAUACGUGUUCUUUGUUUGCAGGAACAACAACCAAAAGUUACUGACUACAGCUACCGAAUUUAUCCAAUUUCCUUUGACUUAGAGAAGACCUUCUACCACUGUCUCCAAUGAAAUAUGUGACAGAACGAGUUGUAUAGGAUAACUUUCAAGUGAUAAGACUUCGUACCACCCAGACUGAAAAGUGUAAUUUCUGGUCAAAUGGCAUCCGAAAUGGCACCAGUAUAAAGGGCAGACCUGCUGGUUUGGGUAUUGAGUCUAUUACUCUUUCUCGGUGAAAUCAGCGACUACACCAACUAUCAUAACUGUGAAGUCGUAAUGUCUGCUGACUAUAUAGGAAUCUUAAAGCAGUCAUAUUUGGGGAAUGCGUACAGAAACUUCGAGGAAGCGUUGACAAACUGUCUAUUUAGCCCGGUAACGAGUUCCUAAACUUAAAUAUAUGCAAAUGUUUAGUCCGGUCGUAGACGCUUUCUAAUAUAACAGUAUUACAUAAACGGAAUUUCAUCAAAGGAACUGAACGCACAAAAACAUUCAAACAUUUGAGUGAGUAAAACUUGAUGUCAUCAGGACACCGUGCAUAAUCGCAUAUAACUGGUAAAGGUUCUAACGAAAUCUCCAUAGAAAUAUAAGAGAACACUAUUAAGGAUAGGGAAUUGUGCGAAAUACAUGAAAAGGGAGCAUUAGUUGGAAUAUGAAAAAUUGUCAAGUAUAAAGGAAUCGCUCAGAGAGGCGGACUCACGAACAUCUUUCAGAUGACUGACAAUAAUGUACCGCCAACAACAAGCACGGAGUAGGAUCGGAGACGAAGUGAUAACUGUAGAGAAUGAGCUUUGCGGGUUGGUAGUUGUGGAUUGUCAGUUUUCGAGGGGAGGGGGGGAACACCGGCUAUCCGCAAGGACACGAUAUCAUACCGAUUCAUUCUAUAUCGAAGUGGAAGGGAGGCCAAACAAUGACUUUUUGACACACGUAAACAACUCUUUUUCGGUUGAGGUUGAGUCAUUACACUUGAAACUUGGAGAGCUCGAGAAAUUUUGGCCAUAUCUCCAUCUCCUAUGUAGAGUGACUUUCUUCAUAAUCGCAGCACAAAAAGGCCGUCUUCAUACAGAUAAACUGACGAUAAGUUGGCCAGGAAGGAUGACAAUCAUGAUCACUUGACUACUUCCGGAAAAACUGUUCAAUAAUACCAGAUAGAAUAGCGACUACAAAGGACUGCCAAAAUUGAUCUGAGGUCGUAGUAACCACGUUUUGAUUGGUUUUGCGGUGGCGCGGGCCCGGUUGAAUUUCUGGUUCUUCGGUGGUCGUUCAGUUCAGUUCAGUUCUUUGUUAGUUCAACUUAUUUUCCUUUUCAUCGACUUCUUUUUUAAGAGCAACCUUUCGUUAUGUGUGGGCGAAUUUUUGCGUCACUUGGUUUCUUUUCAAGCCGUCCGAUGGAGAGGCUACUUGGUAUACACCUGUUAGAACAGCUGUUAUUGUUCUGGAACAAUCUUUGUUAUGUCUCAGAAGUGUCAAUAUUAGAAUACUUUAGUACUAGUCUCCAAAUUGUCGAAACGGCCAACCGGAGAAUUUGCGUGUGCUCGUGCCUUUGACGGCGUUCGCAAUGGCUCAUUUAGCUGGCGUCAUCUUGGAUGAUCGCCCCCAACUGGAUUCGGCAGAACAAAAACUUUAGUCAGUAGGUACUCCAGGCGAGCCUAUCGUAGGUCAUUGGACGGAACGUGCUCGCGGGAUAAGCCCUACUCGCAUCCACCCACUCUUUUGUGACUCGAACGUCUUUAAACAGGACGGAGCCAUCGCUGUCCGAGUUCGGCGACUUGCCGAUUAGGCUUGUCUUAUGCUGAAUGUAUGCGAAGGCGGUUCCAAACCGCAUAAAAAUAAUAGUGACCGGCUGGAUCUCCAGGUCUGUAAUGUUAUAUAAAAUUACCUUUUGUAUGGGUAUGUUUUGACUAUCAGCAGACUACUUCAGAGCUUUUUAAGACAUCACAAAACCACGAUGGUUUCCCAUAAUCUGUCUACAUCUCAUUUUUCUGCUUAAAUUUUAAAGUACUCUGCAUCUGAGACUUAAGCAUGGAACCGUUAACGGAUGGCAAGCUUGCCUAUGAGGAUUUGCAAGAGAUAAGAUGCUCGACGACUUACGGUUUAUGUGGUUCUCUAGACUCUGACUAAGUUUAUUUUACUAGAUCAGACUGGGUGGACCUCACGUCUCGCUGCGGACAGAAAUAUAAAAAAGACGAACAUCCUACUAAUGCAAGAGCAGCGCAGCCUUUUAGCUGUCAUAAAAAAGUUUAUUUUUUGUCAGGAUAAGGACCUCUUCAAUCUGCACCAACUAUCACAAUUUCUGGCAGCACUGUAAUACUUUUGACACUGAAGACUAGAUUUUAUAUCACCCACGUCCUGCCCAUGCUCCUGUAUCAGUCAGAGUGAGUCUUAGUAGACUGAAGUCAUAAUCAAGCUUAAGACCAUCAGCCACUGUUGCCUGAGGAAAAAAGCAGGUUUAGCUAACCAAUGUAGAGAUGCCUGUCCCACACAUAUCAGUGUGCACAGUCAUCAAAGCAUGUUGUCAGUCUGCAUCCUCGCCACUGGCUCGGUUACAUUUAGUUUUUAUCGUUAUACUUACCAAAUUGUAUGCUGUUUGCACUAACAGCCCCGGGGCAAAAGUCAGAGGCGAGCUGCGGAUCCGUGGCACUUACAACGCAUCCAAACUGUUGCAUCACAACCUAGUUCGUUUAGUCGAAGUAAACUUAUCGAAUGAGAAAACGGAUACCUCCCAUUUUACCGGGUUUUACAUGCUACUACAGCCAUUGACACGUUUCUUCUACUCUCUGUCGGGGCCGAGCAGCAGCCAGAGUUGAGUAACCUAGCAUCAAGUCCUUAGUUGACUAUUAUGCCUCAGGAAGCCAUCCGGUAGUAAACUUGCAGACAAUUUGUGGUAGUGUACUGUUUUCUGGCCAUUUGGGCAAACCAUGAGUUUUCAUUGCGCCCACAGCUAAGUGCGGAUUUAGUUCAACGCCGGCUCACUUUUCGCAAAAUUUGCAACUGCCAAUCCCUGCUUGCUGAAUAAAAAGUGGAUGACGAGCUAAAACAUCACAGCAUAUUUAGCUUCUAGCUGCAGUAACGAUAUUGCGUAAUCCACUAGAGGCGAAAUAUGCGACCUACGCGACGGCGACGACAACAAUACAUAGUUAAGUCGCGCAGUUGUUUUCCAGAUAUUUUGGAGCUUUAUCGGGACAAAAAUCGCAGAAUAAUGUCACUUGUGCAUGUGCUGCCCAGCUUCUACAAGUCCUGAGCCUUUUCUUAAGGGAUGCAGCGGGCUUUUUAGACUACACUCACGCGUUCUAGUCGUCAUACACACACUUUAUAGUUUGGUGCAGUCAGGGGAUUACUGAUACCGGGCAAGUUUCACUUACUGAUACUUAAUAUGGUCUUGAUAACGCCUAGUCUAGCCGGCGUCAGUGAUGUUGUGAACAAUGCCUACCAGUGGCACUCAGAUUUUCAGUUUACCUCCCGCCCCCGGUUAGCCAACAGCCAAAGGGCAGGGAACGAAGGACGCGCUCGAACUAUUUCGUUUGUCUUUUGCGGAUGACCCUUGAUACCCAUGCGAUGUUCGAACGAGUUCGGACUUUGUCAUUUUAGAGGACGUCGUAUUUUCACUUCGGGGUGUUUGACAAACGGCGGCAGCCUAAAACUUUCAAGUACACUGCCUAGCUUUCACAGCAAUGUGGGAGGACUGACCGGACGGAUCCCGCCACAUGUGUGUUUGUGGCGACUGAUAGAUGUCGAUGGGCCAGUAAACACUCUUGAAUGUUUACAGAAUGCCUCCGAGAAGCGUUGAAUCGGGGAACGAUGUCUCUGGUACUGCAUUCACUUGACAUAAACUUGACCCUUAGAUAUUGUCGACCGACCACUUCAGAAUUAAUAAGGAGCACCUCGACUCGGUACCACAAAUUCACCUCGUAGUCUCAUUCUACCACGAUAUCGUCUUAGCUGCCCGCCACGACUUCGUCAACUGUCUUUCCGCAGAUCUCUAGGUUUAGAAAGAUUAGAUCAUUCUCGAUACCGACCGGAAGUUUCUCGCAAGAGGCUAUCCUGUAAGCAUUUUUCGCGAUUAAACUUGUCGAUCUGAUGACCUUCCGGCAGAUAACUGACUCUUUAAGAAAAUGUAGACCUAACCCCAACAGGAUCUUUGAAAGACCGCGGAUUGUCGCUUUGCAGUCCACUGGCUGCCUUUUCCUUUCUAGGUUCAGAGCUAUUCUUUGGGCAAGUUAUGUCGGGUGCACCAUAAAGUUGGGCCAUUAAGAGCGACGUGCCUAAACGGUAUUUUGAACGCCAAUCUGGAAGAGGGGUGCGUGUCUUUUAUUUAUUUUUCAGUUUUUGCCAGUAACAGUGUCCGUUAGGGGUGUCAUGCACUCAGACUUAAUUUUGUUAACGCUGUCCUGAGAGGCUCGGUUUAUAGUUCGACCGAUAAUGUGGUAGGAUUUGCACAGAUAAAGUUAGCCACAUUGUCGUCCGAUAAUAAAACUUUUUGAGUAAUGGUAGUUUGCCUAUCGAAAAUGACGGCAUCCACCGCUACCCCACGAAGUGGGCGCAGGAGUUACUUGUGCGUGGAUUUGUUUGUACUGAGGCAGACUUGUUCUGCAUCUACCCCAUUCUCCGGUGCUCCGACGGCAGGACAAGCGGAGACGGACAUGAGUGCAGUGGCCUGCAAAGCUAAACAGUCCAUCAACGCUCGUCUCACACGACUUAGUCCCCACCACACAUGCAUCGGACUACAUUUAAGAAGGAUCUCGGAUCUCACGUAAGUGAGAGUGCUACAAAGGUUAUAGUAAGAAGUAGCUGUUGCAGCCCGGCUCUUAAUCAUGUUAAGAACCGAUUUAUCACGUCAGUUGAAAACAUUCCUAGCAAGUCAUAACUGAUAGCGCGUCUUGAUAGAUUUAAGUGCGUCAUAUCUACUUUAGCGAGGAAUUCGCUGGUGUGCCUCGAGGAUGGAGUCGCAAUAUUGGCCUCACUCUCUCUUUCCUCUCACAUGCACCAUUGACCUGUCCACGUUAGGCUGACCGGGAAUGAGAUUGCGCGUAGCAGUCGACAGAGCCGAGUGGUCCGUCUGCGCGUUUCACACACGAUCUAGUCCCUACAGCACUUGUACCAGGCGGCCUCAAAUGACGCACUCGUGGUGUAAGUGGGAUUUCCACAUCUUUACAUGCGACUUUUCGCCUGUCAUAUGGGUUCUGGAAAACUCCAUCGCAUGCGUUUUGCUGUUCUGUGAGAUAUGCUGUUAAUAGCAGUAAUGCAUACCCGUGUGAUCAUGUGCAAUCGAAUUGAGUUUCUGUAUGCACAUAAGACAGUGUUGUCAGUGGGUCUGUAUUAAGUCUUGUUACCAGAGAUCUUCGUACGUGCGCGUAUGCCAGAAGGGGUCUACGCGAUGUCUUAGUGGUCCGAGGCAGAAUGUGCAGGUAGGCCUGUGUAACAAGUGUAUAUUGGGGCUCCAGACACUGGUUCACCGGCCUCGGUACGAUUGAUUCACAAGUGACUGACCAGGCCGAUCCUUUUUAGAAAGUGCGGUCGCAAUGAGAACGGGUUGGGAGUGAGCCAACAUUGCUGGUGGAGGGGGUAACGGCAGUGAUAGGGGGCAGAAUAAGGGUGUCUUCACCUGUGAUACUAGCAGUAGUGUUUUGCAGGAGUGGGAAGCGUGUCGGUCGUGUUGGUUUUGUACUGGGGCUGGAGAUACCUAUUGGGGCCACCCCGCGCCCUGAAUACCCGUUUCUUAUGUGGACACGGUGGCGCAGGCAACGAGCCCCUCUUUUUAUCAUGGCCUCUGCCACUCGGUCGACUUCAGGUAUGCCUGGCCUGCUUUUCGCAGCAGCGCGCCACCCCUAGCUUUCCUCUGCAAAUCUCCCCAGGACUCAGGGUUGAUUUGCAGGUGCUUUAUGGGAGUCUUCAGGAUGUCCUUAUAUCGUAGCCCUGUAAAUCUUCGAUUUUGUAUUCAGGCGGAUGCUGCGACGAUUCCAGGCGAAGUGUUGCAGCCUGCCGAAAACCGGACUGGCUUUGGCGAUCUCGUUUUUGUGGAGAUGGUGUCUGCAAGGUAAUAUGUAUGCCGAGCUGCAUUAGGGCUGAUCAUAGGUUCUUCGUAGUCAGCAUUUAGCAUCUGUUAAGGCGUGGGUACCGUCUUCUCUGCACCGAAUGUCAUUCCGGAGCACAGAGGUCCAAGCUUCGCUGAAUGCCCUCGCAUCGUGGUGUUCAGUGCGCAAUUGUCCGCGAACAAGAAGUCGUGGACACCGACCUUGGAGAUUCAAAUAUGCCUUUUUUCGGGGGUCUUAGCAGUCGUCCACAGGUUCGGUAGUCGAUGUCCGUCCUCGAGCACUCUUCAUGAUAGGCGUCUACUAGCAUGGCGGAAGAAUGAGGCUUAAGAGGCUAAGAGUGAGCAUACAACUCUGCUUUAUUACAUCUGUCACAGUGGAGACUUCCAAGACUGACCUAUUGUCCGUGACACGUACCAUCGCUCUGUUGUGUAGUUGUUUCGCCAAUUGAAUGAGUCGUUUCGAACACCCGAAGUUCAGCAUGAUUUUCUCGAGUCCAUCAGAACUUGAUAUUUCAAAGGCUUUUGCCAGAUCCACAAAGGUUUUGUAGAUUUUGGUCGGAAUUUAUCGUCUCUUUUAUUUGGGAGGUCGCGAAGAUCAUGUCCGUGGCUCCACGGUGUUUCCGGAAUCCGCAUUAUGAUACCAAAAGGAGUCCCUGUUCCAGUUGCAUGUUCGGACGAUUGAGGCACGCAGGCAAACAUCUUACCAUCAUUGCUGAUGAAGGGGUUUCUCUGAUAGUUGCCGGGGACUUGAUGAUUCCUUUACGUUUGUACGUAUGGACAGUAGUUUCAUCUUCGAAGUCUUGUAAAAUUAUUCCUUGUCAUCACGUCUGGAACAGUAAAAUAACUUCGUCCGCAAGUUAGGAGCUACCAUAUUAAUUUCGGAUGGAAUUGAGUCGACACCCCAAGCUUCUCCACUGAAUUGGUGUUGCGCUGCCAUGAUCGUCUCCUGUGCUGAAGGAAGGCGAUCGAGGCCGAAAUUUAUGUCCUCAUCAUCUAUGGUUUACACGCAAACUAAACGGCUGUCUGGGAACACUUGAAGUGCACGGCCCAGUGAUGCAGAACUUGUGACUUCUUUGACAUUAGGGUCGGGCCGUCCUGGCUUUGGGACCGUAGACGGUUUUUAUGGUCGCAGAUAAAUUCUUCACUUCUCCAGCCGUCCGAGCUAGCCGCUCGUCUCAACCUCUGCGGCAGUAGGCUCAAGCAUCGGCUUAAUGCGGUUUUAUUGGCGUCGGUCCUAUUGUUGACACAGAUCGUGCGAGCAGGUAUCGAAUUUUGUUGUAGUUAUCUCACUACUCCUAGUGCUGUCGGUGGCGCGGCCGAUGAUUUUCAGAGCAGUGGAGUGGAUAGCGUUCUGCGGUUUCGUCCGUUGGGUCCAGUCGACGUUCAAUGCGGCAGUGCACUAUUUUCCGCGUCUUUGCCUACCUUGCGGGGUCUGUAGAGUGGGCGCUCCACCUGGUAAGGCAGUAGUCCGUCCAGUAAUUUGCACUACACACCGUCUUACUCGCUGGCACCUCACAUUGGCCACGCCUCCGGAUGAGGACAUAGUUCAGCAGUUGCCAAUACCGCGAGUGAGGGUGCAUCUCGGGAAGGAAGAAAAAAAGCGGAAGAGUGUGUUGGUAAGAAUACUAUUCUCUGUGUAGGCCAGCAGAAGAAGGCCAUUGAUGUUCUAGCUGUUGAUUCCGCAGGCGCCCAACAUUCCCUCCCAGGUAGCGCUUUCUGUGCCGGCGUAGUCAUUCAAGCCACUAAAGACGAUCAAUUUGUCGUCCUCGGCACAGUUGUCAGGAAGACGCGCAGGUUCUCGUCGAAUUUGCUCCCUUCAUCAAACCUAGUCUUUGGUGAGACGUCGACAUUAGUGAGGGUGACGAAUUUGUUCCGGCUAACAGAACUAUCCUCCAUCCCAGUCGGUUCCCCAUUGGAUUAUCGCAAAACAUAUCCAUAGAUAAGGCCGUUCCGUCAUCCCAGGUGAUUGCUAAAAUCCGUGGCAUGCCACGGCGUUACAGUGGAAAGACAGUUCUGACUACCUUGGGCAUACAUUGUUACAUGCCGCCCUCUCCGUAGGACGCUUUAUUUGGAGGUAGAGAGGAAAGGCGAGGAUAAGUCAGAAGACUGCCGCGUGUGGACACAGACGCUGGACACCACCAUCGGGUUUAGCCCGUUGGUCAAAGACGGUUACCGGCGUGUGGCCGCCGUGUCAGGCACAGCUUCGUGGAGUCAAAGAUAAGAGCUGGGUGUCAGGGCAGACUAUCUACUUGGUUCACGGACACGUUUGGCGGGACCGUCAGUGUAUUGCUUGUAAGCACUUGCUGCCACCAUAGUCAUGCCCGCGCCAACAGACCUAGACGGAGUUGCCAGUGCUAAAUCUUCGUGUGUGGCGAUUGCCGGCAGUGUAUCUGCAGUAGGGUACCUCCCACAAGGCAUUGUCAUGCAGCGGGCAUCGAUUUCAUUAAUGAACCGAUAGUGACCGUACAGCCGCAACGAUACGCCGUACAUCCCACAUUCUAUCUUCCAAGGUGACGUGCCUUUUCACGCAUUGAUAAUGAUUGCCAAAGCAUUCAACUAGUGUAUGACCCUCAUCUAGUGGCGCUAUCAUCUAGCGAUUGAAUGCGCGUCUCAGAAGAAUCUUCAGGUGAGAGGGACUCCUGCAUUGCAUAGACUGAUAUAAGGCUGACCUCAUGCUUACGUUUUUUACCAUGUCCAACUGGGACAUAAUGUAUGUGAACGUCCUUAAAGAAAAUCCUUCGAACGUCUGGCUUGCAGUUUAUUGUCAUUGCGCCAGCCGCGGGCAAAGGAGCUCGACAUCUUAAGAUGAAAUACAUACAAAGCUUUACUUUCCCCAAACUUAUGCGUUUAGCUCGCGAGGUAACAUGAGUAAUUAGGUGAUUUUUAUAUGAAUAACUCCAUGACGGCGGUUUUCUCAUGUGUUUGAAUGAUUUAACUCUUGAGUCUCACCCUAUGGUUUUGCGAUCGGAAUCACGAUGCCUCCGAGUCAAGCAAUUAUCUUAACUUUGCGCGAGCUAACAUUAAUUUCCUUCCUUUGAAGGCCUUACCUUUCUACAGAAGCAGCCAUGCAGCCGUACGAAUACACGGACGAGGAACUUGUCCACAUGACUACAGUGCAACUGCGAAAUCUUCUCGAGCAGCACAUAAUCAGUCCUGAGCAACAUCAUGAAUUUCGUAGUCGUCGACGUCGCCUUCAGAAUCGCAAAUAUGCCAGACGAUGUGCGAAGAAAAAGCAAACAGAAGUUGCCGAGCUAACAUAUGCAACUCAAAAUGAGUCAUCAGCUAUAAAGGUGAGUCGUGUCAUUUGAGGCUCUCCGUGCUUCUUCCGGCUGAAACUCCACAAACCUUACUUUCUAGAAACCUUAUUUCUUUCCAAUAAAGCUUAAUUAUCUGCCGUCGGGAUAUUUUCCUACGGUUGUUAGGUUCAGUUCAGUUCUAUUAAAGGAAAUAUAGGCGAGCGCCUUUGAAUUUCCUGUUGGUUACAAAACAUUUAGAAAUUACAAAUCAUAGCUAAGUUACUUUUGCCCCUCGUACUCGUUACGACUUUCGAAGUUGUCCCAACGUCAGGUUGGAGUAGAAUCCACCGAUCUAACCGGAUGAAUUGCAAGACGGAAAAUGGACGUUUCAGUGUUGCCGAGGGCGUUUGUGUCCAGAGCGCUCGCAUACGGUUGCACAACGACAAGCGCUUAUUAACUAAUAAGUGGUACUGAAAAGGACAAGAGGGCUUGAAAAAUCCAUUUUUAUUUUACCGGCCGUUCUCAGCCGGUCAUACCUCAAGCCCAGACGGCCACUUGAAAUUUGAACUCGAGUCAGUUGGUCCUCAAGCAUUUCUAGGCCAAGUGAUCUACCACUUGAACUACGGACCCACCCCUUGUCACUCGACGUCGGGAAUAUCCAAGCGCACAUUGGGGACGACAUUCAUUGGUCUGUCAUGCCUGUAGGGAAGAUGGCUUCUCGUGUUGUGUUUGGGCUAUGAAUCCAGUCCUUGCAGGACUACUCAAGAAUGCCCGAUGAGCGGCCAGCUCUGGUCGAAAUCCCGGUUUUCGCUUUUUGGUGUGGUUGGCUGAUUAGGGUAAAUACCCCAAAAACGGUCUAACCCGUCCAUUCGUUUUUAUCAGUAUCAUUUGUUCAUAGUAUCUGUGUGGUUAUGUUUUCCUUUGGCAAUUUUCAUUGUGACUAUAUCGGCCGGUUCUGGAGUUGUUAACCCGUGCAAAUUUUAGCCACUUGUUUUUCUAGCCCUUAAACCAUGAACCGCAGCACCUGCGCGUCUAGCUUUUACCACAGCCCUUGUCCAUGCAGUUGAAAGUCGUUGCCAGCGAAGAUCCACUUCUCUUGAAAUGGCGUUUCCGACAGCCUAAAUUGUAGGCUAAUACGGCCAUUUGAGACGAAGGGCACAAUUGAGCUGGCGAACCAGUGCCUGGAGUACCAACACACUCGUCGCAUCCGCCUCAACUGCCCUUGCACAUUCAGCCACCACAUGGGCCUACUAAGUCAUAUGCGCAUUCACGAGAAUCUGCGGUAGACAGCCGCCAGCUACACCACAUCAUCACGCCAUCUCCCACCCAGCACCUGCACCACACAACAUCACCCAUCACUACACAAAGCAAGCGCUCAAUUGACAAUACUCACUUAGGUGGGAAGUGUGCCUCUCCACUCCUUCUCCACGUGGCUACUCUGCUGCAUGUGUGAUUCGAGUCUGAGACUAUCACAGUGCGUCAAGCGCCGUGGCUUGGAAAGCUACCGACCGACGCCUCAACUCAGACCAUGUAGUCAGCCGAGCUGUGUGUGUUUGUCUGGAGAGAUGGACUGAUGGGCUGAAAGUCAGGCUGCAACGACUCCUUUUUAACGUGACCUCUGGCGUCCACAUGCAUGUGUAUUUGGGUAGUGCCUCCCAGUCGAUGACUAACCGGUUACCCCACCUUUGAAGGAUAAUGGCCCAGGCUAGAUGCAGGGCUACGUCUCACAUCUCUGUGCCUUACGGGUGGAGGGCGUCUGCUGUGCCAUGAUUCAGUAAACCAUGGCCGUCGCAGCCUGGCGUGCGCUGGCAGUUCUCUUGCAGUUGACGCGCUUGCGCUCUCGCUGGGUAUGCAGGUGUGCAUGGUUACCCAGUUGUUAAUUAAAGUCCUGGUUAAGUGUUUGCUGUGGGCCAGGGGGUGUGGUGGUACGCCUAGGUGCUAGUCCGGUCAUUCCAAUCACCUGCACCCCUUCCUGCCUCCGGUCUUCUUGCCUAUGUCUUGACACUGGGUCUAGGUGGGGGAGGAGAGAGUGCGGUAGGUGCUGCGAAACUCUACCCUCACUACAAACUAAUUCACGUUCAAGUCACUGCGCCUGUCUCACCUUGCUGCGGAGCACACGGUGGACAUCGUCGGCGACGGCGGUCGGACAGUCUUAUAUACCCGAUCUUGACCGACAGAACGUGCCCGUGGCUUCAGUGGUUAGGACUUCUAACCAACAGGUCGCGGGAUCGAGCCUCAGGUGUUGCACAUUCCGGGAUUGGGUGUGCCUGGAUGACGACGGCUAAUAAGCCAGAAAUGGUCACUCCAGUCUUCCUUGUCUUUGUCGGCAGUGCUACCCCAACUCAGUACUCUUUUGCAGUCUGUCUGAAAUGAUCCAUUCUUUUGUGUCCUUUAUGACACUCACGUGCAUCGUGACCGGAGCUUGUCGCGCACGAAGCCAGGCGUCAGGUCGCGUGUGGCACGCGUAAACGAACUGUUUAGCCUUAUUACCCACUGCACCGUUCGCUUUAAUUUUGCCAAAAAAACACGAUAGAUGUAAGAAGUGUAGUAGGUGCUACGAAAGUCACCGGUGUUCACAGUGUAUUCUUUGUUCUCUUUGCACGCAUUGGACGAGCUAUCAUAGCACAUGGUCAACUCGGAUUCAUAUUAUUUCAAGAUCAUUAUCUACCGUAGGUAAUUUUGAAUCCCAUCUGCAAUGUUUCCGGCUGUCACAGGUGCUUAAGUACAGUCGGCUAAAAGAUUCCGAGGAUUUUGCUUGUAUUUCGGGUGUUCCAUUUUUACGUAUGUGGUUUUGCCCCCCUAGCUUCUGCAAAGUUAGGACGGUACUACAACUUCUUCUGGCCCCAAAUACCAAGCAAAUUGAUGUUGCCCACUAGAGCAUUUACUAGGUGUCGCAUAGUUUACAAUCGACUAGAUCCAUCCCUUAGCUUGAUUUGCAUCUGAUUUUUCAGUCCGAUUUGACCACUCACGUAGCACGCCGACGCCUUACUCCCGAAAACUUUUCUGAAUCAGCCUUCCUCUUUUACAGCUGCUGAGACAACAGCUGCUCAGCCUGAACAUGUCGAUCGACAGGAUUGAACGUCAAAUCCAGCACCUUACCAAGAUAAAAAACGAGGAGAGCCUCGCCUCCUCACCGCACUCUCUCCGGAUGCUGUCCGCCGAUGGGGCGGAACUCGGUUACGCACUUGUCGUCGGGAAUCGCUCAGCAGAGGUGGAUCCCAGGGAGACAGGAUCAGCUUCCGUAGUCGGGCUCACUCGAACCGCCUUACUGCCGACACACAGUAUAGUCAAACCGGAGGGCUCAGAUUUCACCGACAACACAAACACUCCCACGAACAGUCCGAAUCAGCUAGGCCGCCCGAUGACCCCGCCGAAGAACACGACCCACUUAAGACGGGCCCCACCACAACAGUCCGCGGGCGCGUGCUUCAGCCUAUCGACAGGACGUCAGGCAACGGAUAUUAGGCGAACGGCGCCCGCCCUUAGCAUGCUCAGACAACCUCCACUGCUUGUGUCGCCGGCCGGCGGCGGGCUCACACGUAGUGGAAGAAGCCUCGCUGAUUAG